GUCACCAACCUGGAGAAGCACCAGUACUACCCGCUGCCGCCGCACUCGCUGACCCGCUUCGCGCCCACCCUGCGCGUGCUCAGCCUCGGCGGCUGCCGAUCCCUGACCUGGCCGCACCGCCGAGCUUUCCGCGCCUCAAGCAGCUCAUCCUCUACGACGUCGACAUCUCGGAGCAAUCUCUGCCUGCACUGUUUUGCAAAGCGUCUCGCUGCACAGCAUGGGCUUUGGUCGCCUUUGCAUCAGCUCGCAGACGCUCAGGAGCAUCGGCUUCUAUGCUCCUCAUGCCGAAGGUGUCGUCACCUUCCAGGAGCUGGUCAUUGAGGACGCCCCUUGCCUUGAGAGGUUGCUACCGAUUUAUCCAGACUCUAGUCCGGCGACCAUACGAGUGAUCCGGGCUCCUAGACUGGAGAUACUUGGUUUCUUGUCUGAACGCAUAUCCACACUCCACCUUGGAACCACUGUCUUUCAGAAGAUGAUUGCUGUCAGCUUGACAACCAAAAUGCACUCAAUGAAGAUUUUGGUUCUUGAAGUGCUUCCCCUGCUUGGAGAAACUCUAUGUCAUUUUGAAUCGGCACAAGGAUGUAAAUUAUGUGUGGAAGCUUGGUCCAUUGGAUCCAGUUCGGUGUCUUGAGCUCCAUCUAAAAAAAGUGGUGUUGAAGAAUUACAAUGGUGACAGGAGGGCAUUUACUAACCUUGCUAAGUUAUUUAUUUUGAAUGCAAAAGUGCUGAAAGAAAUGGAAAUCGGAUUCUUUCAAAUUGGCAACGAAGAAUGGGUUUGUUGUCAACAUAAGCAGCUACAAGUUGAGAAUAGAGCUUCUCAAGACGCUCGAAUUGAACUAAAAGAUGAUAUGGACCUGAAAUUCACUGACCAUGUGCAUACCCAUAACUUGUCAAUUGCUGAUCCCUUUGACAGAUCCUUGUGUGGAUGCUCCAAGUGUGUUAGGGAGCCCUUCUGAAGAUUGUGUCACCCUAUGUCCAAAGCCAAAAGAACGUGUCCGCCCUUGCUUGUCUGUCUAGUGUUGUCACACCCUUAUGACGCUCUGCAGAAUGAUCUACUCACUUCAGGAAUGGUAUGAUUUGUACCGACUCUGGAGCAACCCAGGAUUGAGGAGGUGGUGCCUGAGCCAAGGAUUAAAAUUGAUUUUGCAAAUGUAUAAAACCCUUGAAUGUUACUGCUAGCUCUUGUGUGUUAUGCUUAGUUCGUACUUGUUGUUUCUAUUCCCCUCAAAGUCGUAUUGUAAGCUUAGACCAUGUGUAGGCUACAAGCCUACAACUAAUAUA